UUUCUCCCGAGCGGAGCUUGAAAUCAGACGCGCUGAGCGAGACGCAGCGCUGUCCGGGGGAUUUAAACCGCUAUUCGCCGCCGUCCGCGCCCGGAGCUCUCUCUCUAUCGCCUUGGAUCUGCUCUCUCCUUGGAUUAUUACCGUUCUUUAUUCCUUGGCGCGACGCGCACGAAGAUGUAAGGAGGUUUUGCGCGCGCAGAAUCACGGAGAACACAGGAACGCGCUCGUUAAAACAAGGUUCUACCGAGGCAGCCGAAGUAAACGCCACUAAAAACAGCCGAAGAAUGAAGCAGAAGGAAUAUUAAAAACAGCAGAGAGAGUGCCACACAUCCAGCGUGCCGACCCUUCGUCUCCAGCCUGUGGGGCCACGGCUCUCCAGCCAGGUCAGAGGUCAUCUGCGACAUGAUGCCAGCCAGCCACCUGCCUAUCCUGCUCUCCCUGAGUGCCCUGCUGCUGUCUCCACUGCUCACCGGCUCCUUGGCCUUAUCUCCACCCAGGUUCACAAAAGUACCUGUCGACAUGAUCGGCGUCUCCGGAGGUGUCGUAUCCUUCGUAUGCCAAGCCACAGGUGACCCCAAGCCAAGAGUAACCUGGAAUAAGAAAGGAAAGAGGGUGAACUCUCAACGCAUCGAGACAAUAGAGUUUGAUGAAGGUGCAGGGGCCGUCCUAAGGAUCCAGCCUCUACGGGCACCUCGAGACGAGAACAUCUAUGAGUGUGUGGCGGAGAACAGCGAAGGCGAAAUCAGUGUCCAAGCUAAGCUGUCAAUCAUUAGAGAGGACCUACUUCCUGCUGGCUUCCCCAACAUCGACAUGGGCCCACAGCUGAAGGUGGUGGAGCGCACGCGCACGGCUACCAUGCUUUGCGCCGCGAGCGGUAACCCCGACCCGGAAAUCACCUGGUUCAAAGACUUCCUUCCCAUCGACCCCAGCACAAGUAACGGACGAAUAAAACAGCUCAGAUCGGGUGCUCUGCAGAUAGAAAACACUGAGGAAACCGACCAGGGGAAGUACGAGUGUGUGGCGUCUAACGUGGAAGGCGUCCGAUACUCUUCCCCUGCCAACCUGUAUGUGCGAGUUCGUCGCGUGCCCCCACGUUUCUCCAUCACGCCCCCCACCAUGCAAGAGAUCAUGCCAGGUGGUAGCGUUAACAUCACUUGCGUCGCCGUUGGCUCGCCCAUGCCCUACGUCAAGUGGAUGCUUAACUCGGAGGACCUGACGCCCGAGGACGUGAUGCCAGUGGGCAGGAACGUUCUGGAGUUAAACAGCGUCCGUGAGUCAGCCAACUACACCUGCGUGGCCAUGAGCAGCCUGGGCAUCAUCGAGGCUAAUUCCCAGAUCAUUGUCAAGUCCUUGCCGAAACCUCCAGGUACUCCUGUCGUAACCGAAACUACCGCCACCAGUAUCACCAUCACCUGGGACAGUGGCAACCCUGAGCCCGUCUCCCAUUACAUCAUCCAGUAUCGCGCCAAAUCUCCUGAAAGCAAGUUCGAGACCGUGGACUCCAUCACCACCACUCGCUACAGCAUCGGCGGACUUUCUCCAAACACUGAUUACGAGAUCCGCGUGUCAGCCUUCAACACCAUUGGCCAGGGCCCGCCCAGCGAACCAGUUGAGGCUAGGACUGGGGAGCAAGCUCCUGCCAGCCCACCACGCAAUAUCCAGGCCCGUAUCAUCUCCCAGAACACCAUGAUGGUACGCUGGGAUGAACCUGAGGAGCCCAAUGGACAGAUCAAAGGUUAUCGGGUCUACUACACCAUGGAUCCAUCUCAGCCCAUGAGCAUGUGGCACAUCCACAACGUACAGGACAGCGUGAUCACCACCAUUCAAAGUCUGGUGGCCUCCGAGACCUACACCAUCAGAGUGCUGGCCUUCACGUCCGUAGGAGAUGGACCCUUCUCGGAUCCCAUUCAUGUAAAAGUGCUUCAAGGAGUCCCUGGACAGCCGACCAACUUCCAGGUUGGUGAGGUGUCAGACACGAGCGUUGAGCUAACAUGGGAACCGGCCUUUGAAAAAGAGGGAAUCAUCAGUUACGAACUACAUUACAAAGAGGGCGGGCAAGAAUCUCAGGUAAAGAAAACAUUCGGCCCAACCUCUUCCUAUGUGGUGGAGGGUCUGCGUGCAAAUACAGAGUACUACUUCUCUCUGGCUGCCAUCUCCAACAAAGGCAUUGGAGCCUUCACCAACGAAAUAUCCCAAAGGACAUCCCAAGCCAAGCCCUCCGCCCCCCCUCAAGACAUUAAGUGCUCCAGCUCCAGCUCCACCACCCUGCUGGUAAGUUGGCGCCCUCCGCCGGCCGAGAGCCAGAACGGGGCGCUGGCCGGGUACAUAGUGCGCUACGCGGUGGUGGGGGCCGGGGCCGAGGUCAACACGGAGCCCUUGGAGGAGCCAGCGGUGCCCCCCAGCUCCAAUCAGAUCCAGCUGCAGCGGCUGGAGAAGUGGACCUUGUACCGAGUCACCGUGGCGGCCUCCACCAGCGUGGGUCCGGGCCCCGAGAGCGAGCCGCUGCUGUGCCGCACAGACGAGGACGUGCCCGGGGCCCCCCCUCGGCGUGUGGAGGUUGAGGUGCUGAACUCCACCACCAUCAAGGUAAUGUGGCGCUCCCUAUUGCCAGGGAAACAGCACGGGCAGAUCCGUGGAUACCAGGUGCACUACGUCCGUGUCGAGAACGGCGAAUCCCGUGGCCUGCCCCUCAUCAAGGACGUCAUGCUCGCCGAUGCACAGGAGAUGGUCAUCGGGGGCCUGCAGCCUGACACCACGUACUCCAUCACCGUGGCAGCCUACACCACCAAAGGAGACGGAGCCCGCAGCAAACCCAAGCUGGUGGUGACUAAAGGAGCAGUGCCGGGGCCUCCCUUUCUCUCCGUCAACCAAAACUCAGAGACUACCGCAUUAGUGCGCUGGCAACCCCCAGAUUUCGUUGCUCCGGGUCUCGAGGUGCAAGGCUAUCGGCUACAGAUUGGCCGAAAGCAUGUGAGCCCCCUGGCCACGCUGGAGUUCGGCCCUCAGGAGCUGGAAUAUUCCAUUAGCAAUAUCCACCGAGGGGCCACGUAUGUCUUCAAAGUGUCCGCCAAGUCCAGAUCGGGAUUUGGUGAAGAGGCUACCCGAGAACUAAAAGUCCCAGAGGAGGUUCCUCGAGGGUAUCCGCAAAUAAUCGAAGGGUCUAACAUUACCUGCUGCUCGCUCCAAUUUGCCUGGUUGCCUCCGGUGCUAGCGGAGCGCAACGGCGCUAUAACAGAAUACACACUGGCUUACCAAGAGGCCGGAAUGGUUGGCGGACCCAAGGAACUGCGUCUGCCGGCAAGUGAGAACAGCUACACCCUCAACAGCCUGAGGCCCAACGCAGUGUACGAUGUGAAAAUUCGAGCGCACACCAGUGUAGGUCCAGGGCCCUACAGCCCAUCGAUCCAGUAUGAAACAGUGGCCUACGAAGCAGAUGUUCCUAAGAACUUCACCGUGAAGCUGGCCACCAAAACCACGGUACUGCUGACCUGGAAGUUUUCCGAUAGCCGCUUCCCAUACCGCUGCAUGAUCGAGUACAACCGGCAGAAGGUUGACAUUGACGCUAGGAUGACCAAAGCUCUCAUCACCAACUUGCGACCCAACAGCACCUACGAGUUCAGAAUCACCUGCCAGGAGAGCAGUGACGGUGGACCCAAACACAAGCUCAUCGCACUAACGGCGCCACCUAUUCUGGUCCGAAAGCCAGAGUUGGACCCGAAAAGAGAGCCAGACAGUACUCUGACCAUUGUCUUCCCACCGCUGGAAUCCAAAGAGUUGAUCAAGGCGGUCUAUGUUGUGGUGGUUCCUCUGAAGAAGGGAAGAGGUCCAAUCCGACACAUCAAGGGCCCAGAUGAAUUGGACCUAGAAGAGCUGUUGGGCGACAGAAGACUCGGUCAACGUCACGCUCGAACCACCCGUCAGCUCAAGCAGGUGGACGGGAAGCGGCCCUACAUUGCUGCCAGCUUCAAGCCCUCAUCCAUGCCGCCGUCCUUCACCCUGGGCAACCAGAUGGUGUACAGCAGCUUUGAAAACAGGCCUCUGGACCCCGGGCAGGAAUAUGUGUUCUUUAUCCUUGCUGAGCUCAACACCACCGGAGGGAAAACGUUUGCGUCCAGCCCCUACACGGAUCCAGUCACAGCUCCAGACGUGGACCCUCAGCCCAUAGAGACAGGAGGGGACGGACUCAUCUGGGUGGUGGGACCCGUUCUCGCUGUGGUCUUCAUAAUCUGUAUUGUGAUUGCGAUUCUCCUCUACAAGAACAAGCCUGACAGCAAACGUAAAGAGUCAGAGCCACGGACGAAAUGUUUGCUGAACAACGCCGAUAUCACCCCUCACCACCCCACAGACCCGGUGGAGAUGAGACGAAUCAACUUCCAGACCCCAGGUAUGAUGAACCACCCUCCUAUACCCAUCUCUGAGCUAGCUGAGCACACGGAUCUACUGAAGGCCAACGACAACCUGAAGCUCUCCCAGGAGUAUGAGUCCAUCGAUCCGGGUCAGCAGUUCACCUGGGAGCAUUCCAACCUGGAGGUCAACAAACCCAAGAACCGCUACGCCAACGUCAUCGCCUACAACCACUCCCGCGUAAUCCUGGCGCCCAUCGAAGGUAUCACAGGCAGCGACUACAUCAAUGCUAACUACAUUGAUGGCUACAGGAAGCAGAACGCAUACAUAGCCACGCAGGGACCGCUGCCAGAGACCUUCGGAGACUUUUGGAGAAUGGUGUGGGAGCAACGAGCCGCCACCGUGGUCAUGAUGACCAGACUGGAAGAGAAGUCAAGGAUAAAGUGUGACCAGUACUGGCCGAGUAGAGGGACGGAGACCUACGGUAUGAUCCAAGUGACGCUCCUGGACACCAUCGAACUCGCCACUUUCUGCUUGCGCACGUUCUCUCUACACAAGAAUGGUUCCAGUGAAAAGCGAGAGGUUCGACAGUUCCAGUUUACCGCCUGGCCGGACCACGGCGUUCCAGAGUACCCCACUCCAUUCCUGGCCUUCCUCAGGAGGGUGAAGACCUGCAAUCCACCGGACGCUGGCCCCAUCAUCGCCCACUGCAGUGCUGGUGUGGGCCGCACAGGCUGCUUCAUCGUGAUUGACGCCAUGCUAGAGCGCAUCAAGCAUGAGAAGACGGUGGACAUCUACGGUCACGUAACCCUCAUGCGCUCCCAGAGGAACUACAUGGUGCAGACAGAAGACCAGUACAGCUUCAUCCAUGAUGCCCUCCUGGAGGCCGUCGCCUGCGGGAAUACAGAGGUGGCGGCACGAAGCCUCUUCUCCUACAUCCAGAAGCUGGCGCAGGUAGAGGCCGGAGAGCACGUUAGUGGCAUGGAGCUGGAGUUUAAGCGUCUGGCGAACUCCAAAGCCCACACGUCCAGAUUCAUAAGUGCCAAUCUGCCAUGCAACAAAUUUAAAAACCGCCUGGUCAACAUCAUGCCCUAUGAGACCACUCGAGUGUGCCUGCAGCCCAUCAGAGGGCUGGAGGGGUCCGACUAUAUCAACUCCAGCUUCAUUGAUGGAUACAGACAACAGAGGGCUUAUAUAGCCACUCAAGGCCCAUUAGCGGAGACCACUGAAGACUUCUGGAGGAUGUUGUGGGAGAACAACUCCACCAUUGUGGUGAUGCUGACCAAACUGAGGGAGAUGGGACGAGAAAAGUGUCACCAGUACUGGCCAGCAGAGCGCUCCGCUAGAUAUCAAUACUUUGUGGUGGAUCCCAUGGCGGAGUACAACAUGCCGCAGUACAUCCUCAGAGAGUUCAAAGUGACGGAUGCUCGGGACGGCCAGUCCAGGACCGUUCGGCAGUUCCAGUUCACCGAUUGGCCGGAGCAGGGCGUUCCCAAAUCAGGAGAGGGCUUCAUUGACUUCAUCGGACAGGUGCAUAAAACUAAGGAGCAGUUUGGACAGGACGGACCCAUUUCUGUCCACUGCAGUGCCGGUGUGGGGCGGACCGGGGUCUUCAUCACGCUAAGCAUCGUGCUGGAGCGGAUGCGCUACGAGGGUGUGGUGGACAUCUUCCAGACGGUCAAAAUGCUGAGAACGCAACGGCCAGCAAUGGUGCAAACAGAGGACGAGUACCAGUUUUGCUAUCAGGCGGCUCUGGAGUACCUUGGAAGUUUUGAUCACUAUGCAACGUAAAAAGCCAUUUUUUGUUCCCCCCUGCCCCACAAACCCCCCUCCCCCCAACAGCCUCCUGAGCCAUAAAAACUUGCUUGAAAACACGAAACGAUGACAACUAUACACAAUUCAU